AUGUCACAGUCGUUGACAACGUCCGCCAUACCGACGCCUUUUCAGCCUCAUCGUGAACACCAUACACAUCAUGAGAAAAGGAGCUUGCCGGAAACCGAGCCUCCGGCAGGGUCGGAGCCUGGCAGUGCCUCUCCGAUAUUAAGUUGUAUGUUGGCUGGUGGUUUCGGAGGUGCCAUCGGCGAUUCGGCGAUGCACUCCUUGGACACUGUCAAGACCAGACAGCAAGGGUUGCUGUUUAAUCCAAAGUAUAAGAACAUGGUUCCGGCUUACGCGACGAUAUUUAAGCAAGAGGGAUUUUUCAGAGGUCUUUAUGGAGGUUAUACGCCUGCUAUUUUGGGUUCAUUUCCAUCUACAGCUACAUUUUUUGGAACCUAUGAAUUUUCGAAACGGUUUAUGAUCAACAAUUUAAACAUGAACGACACGGUUUCGUAUUUUAUUGCCGGUAUUUUGGGUGACUUGGCACUGAGUGUUUUUUAUGUUCCAUCAGAAGUGCUCAAAACAAGAUUACAGUUACAAGGCAGACACAAUAACCCAUACACACAAGGAUGCGGAUACAAUUAUAGAAAUCUUCGAGAUGCGGUAAAGCAGAUUGCUAAAACAGAGGGAACGUCGGCUUUGGCGUACGGUUAUAAAGAAACGCUUUUACGAGACUUGCCUUUCAGCGCAUUACAAUUUGCAUUUUAUGAACGGUUCCGUCAGUGGGCCAUCAUGUAUAAUGACGCCAGCCACGACUUGCCAUUUACCCUUGAGCUUCUGACCGGUGCUGCCGCUGGUGGUUUGGCUGGUGUGCUUACCACGCCAUUGGAUGUGAUUAAAACUCGUAUCCAAACGGCAACUGUUGCCUCUGCUGGAUCACAUGCACCUUUUGUCACGGCUUCCAAAGGUGCUCUUGGGAAAUUCCUUCACAAGUUUUCAACCAUCAGCGCUUUACACUCCAUCUACAAGAACGAAGGCAUCUACGGUAUGUUUUCAGGAGUCGGCCCCCGUUUCAUCUGGACGGGUAUUCAGAGCUCAAUCAUGCUUUUGUUAUACCAGAUGACACUCAAACGAUUAGACACUGAUACGUCUCAUAUUACCGAGACAAAUGUAAAGUUUCUUACCAAGGAGCCGAUUGUGGGGCUCAAGAUCUCAGACGGCGAUACUUUGAAGAAACGUCUUCAGAUAACUUUUGAUUCAGCAGGCCAUUUCAACCAUUUUGCACUGAAAAUACGGUUAUGGCUUGGAUUGAGUGUUGUCGUUUCGAGAUCUUUGGAGGACCAGCUUCUGAUGUCUCAGGAUUAUGUUGGUCUGCAAACCCAGCAGGUCCAUAUCAGUAGGGAGCCCGUUGAACCGACCCCAGAGUUGAAGUUCCAACCCACUAACUCACAGGCUUCUAAUGUUGAUAAGGAUUCACAGACAUAUUCUCAGCUGGUUUAUCGUGAUUCGAAGAGCGAGCUCUCAUUGCCUCAGCCACCACCUCCACAAGCUUCCCAGGCAUCUCAGCAGGCACCCCAGAGCAUAAAAACAGAUGAUACGACCCACUUAAAGCCUACCCAGUCUUAUUCGCAAACAAGCAAUCCUGCUGAAUCCCAAUUCGCUAUCCCUGCCUGGCAAAUGAGUACUCCGCAAGCUCCUCUUGUCAAGGCUUAUCCAUCAAUUGCAGCUUCGAAUUUCCAGAAUUCGAUUAAUAUUCUUGUGGGCGCUGCUCAAGGUCUUCAAACUGAAAUGACUGGAUCACUCCCACAAGUGCAAUUUCAGCCGCCUGGGUUUGCGGGAGGACCAACGGUUACUGGUCCAUUUACAAAUGCCUUUGGUGAUACUUCCCAAACGACACAAUUUUCACAGCCCAUUGAAAAGAGCCUUCCACGCUUUUCUAAUCUCAACAGAUCAAUUCUGAAUGUGUUGAGUCAAGCGUCACAGAGCACUAUUGAUGAUACGAUAUUUUCUCAACCGACUCAGCGUUUCGAUAAUAGCUGCUUCUCGAUUGACUCGUCCCUAAAUGGAGGUAUUCAAUCACAAGAUACUACUGUUUGCAGUGGUGCUCUGAAGACAAAAAUAACAGAGCAAGAUUUGAGGGACGCCUUGGAGGAUAUCCCCUUUGAUCUCCCUACAGAUGAACCUGAAAAGAAGAAAGCAAAGAAAGGAAGUAAAAUGGAUAGCUUCUUAAACAAGGCAUUGGAAGAAGCAAUGAAGGACGACGAAGAGCUCGACGAACUUGACGAUCUAUCAUUGAGGUUCAAGAUAGCCCAAAAAUUGAAAAGCAGGUCUUUUAAAUCGUUCGUCAGGCGUGUCGACAAACUAAUAGGAGGCAAAUCAAAAGAAUAA